GGCCGCGUCUCUCUCCGCAAUAACAAACCCUUCGAGGUCGCCUUCGUUCUCCCCAGUUCCAACCAACAUGGCUCCCACACCCACCAAGGAGACGGAGAGGCACUGCGUCCUCUGCUGCCAGGAGGUGGAGGUCUUCGCCCUGGGGAAGUGCGACCACCCGGUCUGCUACCGCUGCUCCACCAAGAUGCGGGCUCUGUGCGAGCAGAAGUACUGCGCCGUGUGCCGCGAGGAGCUCGACAAGGUGGUGUUUGUGAAGAAGCUGCAGCCCUUCUCCUCUCUGCCCUUCCAGCAGUUCCCGUGUGAGAAGAAGCACGACAUCUACUUUGGAGACGAGACGAUCUACGCUCAGUACAGGCAUUUGAUGUCGUCAGAGUGUGUCCGCUGUCCAGAGCCAAAGAAUUUCGCCAGGUCUGAGGAGCUGGAGCAGCACAUGAGGAAGCAGCACGAGCUCUUCUGCUGUAAGCUCUGCUCAAAGCAUCUCAAGAUCUUCUCCCAUGAACGGAAGUGGUACAACCGUAAGGAGCUGGCCCGUCAUAGAGCACAUGGAGACCCAGACGACACCAGUCACCGAGGUCACCCGCUCUGCAAGUUCUGCGAUGACCGAUACCUCGAUAACGACGAGCUGCUGAAACACUUGCGCAGGGACCACUACUUCUGCCACUUCUGUGAUGCAGACGGUUCUCAGGAAUACUACAGUGAUUACCCAUACUUGAGCGAGCACUUCAGAGAGAGUCACUACCUGUGUGAGGAAGGUCGCUGUGCCUCAGAACAGUUCACCCAUGCAUUCCGCUCUGAGAUCGACUACAAGGCCCACAAGGCUUCAGCUCACAGCAAGAACCGGGCCGAGGCUCGACAGAACCGCCACAUCGACCUGCAGUUCAACCUUGCCCCGAGACAACAGCAGCAGAGGAGAAAUGAAGGUGUGAUGACAGGAGAGGACUAUGAGGAGAUGCGUCACAAUCGAGGAGGAAGAGGAAGGCCUCAUGGGGGAGGGGGACAGAAAAGCUGGAGAUAUUCCCGAGAGGACGAGGACAGGCAGAUGGAAGCUGCCAUGAGGGCGUCCAUGGCGAUGAGUCGACAGGAGGAGAGAGGACCAGUGCAGGAGAGGAGCACUCCCAAACACUGCAGAGAGGAGAGGACGGAUAGAAUGGAGAGAAUGGAGAGAAUGGAGAGAAUGGAGAGAAUGGAGAGAAUAGAACAGGAAGACCCCAGACACAGGAACGGACCCAUCAAACCUCCAGUCAGAACAAUGAAGAGCAGUAAUCCAGGAGAAGAAGAUCACUUCCCAGUUUUGGGAGCCGCAGCUGCAAUACCCAUUGUAAAGCCUGCUCCUGUAGUCGUUCCAGUCGCCCCUCCAGCUUUGAAGGAAGACGAUUUCCCGAGCCUGUCAUCUGUUGCUGUGACAUCCCUCAUGACCCCGGCUUACUCUGCACCACCGAGGAGGACUUCCAAUUUCCAAGAGGAGGAUUUUCCUGCUCUUGUGUCCAAAGCGCGCCCCCUCAGACCAACAGCAGGCACCAAGUCUGCUUGGUCCGGCAAGACGGCCGUAGCCAAACCAGUCGCCCAACCUCCACCUUCCUCCAGACAACCGCCUCCCCUCUCAUCUGCUCCCUCUGGCCCUCAGCUCCUCUCCUCCUCAGCUUCAUUGGCUUCACGGAGGAAAAAGAAAGUAGGGGAGAACGGGAAGGCAGCAGCUCCUCUUUCAGAUGAUGAGAGCGGAGGAUUGAAGCAGCAGGUGUACCGCUCAGUGCCCACCAUGUUGGAUAUCUCCUCUCUGCUCACCGUUAAGGGAGGCAGCAGCAACAACAACAGCAGCAGCAACAGCAAACCCCCCACCGUGACCCCCAGCCCUGCAAACCCGACCCCCAUCCCUGAUGUCUCUGCCUCCAAAGCCAGCAAGAAGAAAAAACAGCAGAAGAACCCGGCUGCUCCCUCCUCGUCUGUGUCUUCGGCUGCGACGACACCUGUAAAUACAAUCUCCGUGGAAACGGCUGCACAGAAGGAGAAUGUCCCUGAGAAAAACCGCAACAAACCGCUUUCCAGCUCUGUGACAGCGGCAAUGAUGAGCGGACUGACAAAUGGCCACACUGAGAAAUCACUACCCAUUAGUAAGGAGACGCUAGCAGUGACCCCUCCUCUCUACACAGACCCUCCUCCAAAUCAAGAGGAGGACUUUCCUGCUCUCAUGACAAAGAAACCUCCGCCAGGCUUCAAGUCCUCCUUCCCGAUGAAGGCCUCAGCUCCGGCCUCAUCCUCCACUAUGCCCCCGCCUCCACCUGGUCUGGGACUCUCCGGCCCGAAGCCUCCACCAGGCUUCACUGGGAUCCCCCUCAACAGCAACGUGGUGGAGCCGGCUCCUUCUGCAGUCAACCUCACGCCCAAGGUGUCAAGCAGUGGCUACCUAGUGCCAGAAGACUUCCACCAGAGAAAUCUGGAGCUGAUCCAGUCCAUUAGGAUGUACCUCCACGACGAUGAGACAAAGUUCAACCAGUUUAAAAACCACUCUGCACAAUUCAGACAAGGUGUGGUAUCAGGAGCUCAGUAUCACUGCAGCUGUAAGGACCUGCUCGGAGAAGACUUCAACCGCAUCUUCAACGAGCUGCUGGUGCUCCUGCCGGACACCGGCAAGCAGCAGGAGCUGCUGAGUGCCCAUGCUGACUGCAAGGCCCUGGAGAAACAGUCGGGGAGCGGGGGAGGAAAGAAGAACAAGAACAAGAAGAACGCCUGGCAGGUGCCAACCAGUUCGGCCAACAUAGCAGCUGAGCUGGAUUGUCAGGUGUGCCCCACUUGCAGACAGGUGCUGGCCCGCAAAGACUUCAACUCCCACAAGACCCAGCACAUCCGGGACACUGAUGAGUUUCCUUCCUUGCAGUCGAUUAGCCGCAUCAUCAGCUAGCCCCUCCUCAUCUCCGGUUGCCAUCAUGGGUGUGUUUCAGUGGCCCCUGUCGCCCUGUCAGAGCCCUGCAGAAGCCAGUAUGUAAAACAGGCGCCUGUUUCCUGCGUGAGUGCGUCUCAUAGGAGCUCGGGGUCUAUAUCUCAUAGUGAAGCUGAGUUAAAGAAGGUUGAUGGUGUUUUUACUUUCUGAUGAGGGUUAUGUUGAUCGGUUUGUGUGAAUGGUUUCACAGUGUCACUGGGUUGCGCCGGCUCAGCUUCUCCUUCAGCUCGCAUCCGUUGAGGACGUCUCUGGCUGCCACCGGCUUUGUAUAACCACAACCAUCGUUUUAUUUAAUGAGAGAGGAGCUAAGGCUUUACUUGAAGAAUGUUCUGCUUCCUAAGACAAAAUUGUAUUGAGUUACAUUUUGUACCUUCAUUCGUUGUGCUUUCACACAGAUAACAAAAGAAUCUGAUGUUAUGUCAAAUCAGGUAAUAUUUCUGUAUAAUUCCCCAGAGGGGCUGUUUGUUUAAAAAGCAAAAUAAACAAACGUCUUCAGUUCAACAAUUUUUAGCUACAAACUUAUUUAACUUUAGCUGUUUAAUCGCUUUUAAUGUCGGCUGGUUCAAAGAGAGGAAAGUGUUUGAGUGACUAGGUUGUUCCCUGUCAGAGGCGAAGGAGGGAGGGAGGGAGGG